AUAAGCCUACACCUGUCGCGAAAAUGCUUUAGUAUGUCUUGGUUCUGUUAAAAUCGCGCUGGUUCCAACUCUUCGACCUUUCGGCAACUUUUACUGCCGCUUUACCUCGCGUUUGUUGACGAUUAGCUUUUCGAGAACUUGAUGUGUGUAUGUGUCUUAUCGUGUCAGUGGGUUCUUCAUCUGGUUGCGCCAACCGUAAUUUGACUAAUUUGUUUGCCGAUGAUAAGGACGUUUUAGCACCAGUUUUGCUGACGCGCUCCCUUGGACCUUAGACAGGUUUGGAAAAUGGCAUCAGAAAAAAAGGAAAAGUAUCCAUCCACUUUUACCAUUGACAACUUCAGUUCAACAGCCACUUUGACAAACAAUGACCAAAUCAAAGUGCCCAUUGGGUUGCCUGAAAAGGUCGAGGCGACCGACUAUAAUCCUUACGAGCACCGAAAUCUCGUCCAUCCAAACAGUUUUUCCGGCGCCCUCAUACAUUUGUUGAAAAGCUCGCUGGGUACCGGCAUUCUGGCCAUUCCACGAGCCUUUAAGAGCGCGGGAUUGCUGGUGGGACUGUUUGGUACCAUCAUUAUCGGUUUGCUGUGCACCCACACUAUCCAUAUCCUGGUGCGAGCCUCUCAUAAGGUUUGCGCCAAGUCAAAACUUCCCAGUUUGGGGUUCGCGGAUACGGCUGAAGAAGCUUUCAGGACGGGCCCCAAGCCUUUAAGGCCCUGGUCCAGAUUUGCCAAGAACUUUGUCGAGAUUGCCCUCGUCCUCACCUACUACUGCGGAAAUGCUGUUUACAUUGUGUUCAUCACGGUAUCAAUGACAAAGCUCUUUUCCUACUAUUUUCCGGAGACCGCCACAUGGGACCAGUACUUCAAACUGAUGAUUCUCAUCCCGUUGAUUAUCUGCUGCCAAGUGCGCGAGCUGAAACACUUGGUGCCUUUUUCCUUCCUGGCCAACACCAUGAUGGUUGUGGCAUUCGGAAUCACUCUCUACUACAUCUUCUACGAUAUUGGCCAAGUGCAGCUGGCGGACCGAAAGAUGUUCAAUGGCUGGGAAGGCAUCCCGUCUUUCUUCAGCACAGUGCUUUUCGCCAUGGAAGGUAUCGGCACCAUAAUGCCAGUGGAGAAUUCGAUGGUAGAACCGCGAUUUUUGGGCUGUCCAGGCGUCCUAAACUCGGCAAUGAGUGUUGUCGUGUGCCUUUACACAGCCAUCGGGUUCUUUGGCUAUUACAAGUACGGCGAAUCGACGGAGGCCACCAUCACGAGGAACCUGCCUUCGAGCGAAAUUGCUGCCCAGAUAGUGCAGGCCAGCAUCUCCAUUGCCGUUUUUUUCACGUUUAUGCUGCAGUUCUACGUGCCGCUUGACAUCACAUGGAACCGAAUCAAGCACAGAAUUCCCGAAAAUCGGCACAACAUUUCCCAGAUUUUGCUGAGAACUGGCCUGGUCAUUUUCGUCACUGGUAUCGCUGCAGCGGGCGGGGAACAUUUGGGUGUCUUGAUCGAUCUGGUGGGGGCGAUUUUCUUCUCCACAUUGGGGCUGUUUGUGCCGGCACUGAUCGAGAUCAUUGUCGACUGGGAUGAGGGAUGGGGCCGGUUCCAGUGGCGGCUGAUUAAGGACGUUUUAAUCAUGACUCUGGCCGUGUUCGGGCUGGUGUCCGGCAGCUACUAUGCUGCCUUGGAAAUGAAGUGAGUGGACCCAGCAGUCCCUUUGAGUAAAAGCGCUGUGAUAUUUUGUCAAGUAGUCAUAAGUUCAACUGCCCGAUUGUUUUUGCAAUUAGUACGGGACAAGCUGGUUACAUUUAUGGUUGUUUCGCGAUAUUUUAACCCAAAAGUGCAAAUUUUUAUAAACGAAAAUGAAUAUAAGGAAGUUUGUAUAUGUUGUUUUGUAUAGUAGUUUUAAACAGUUCACCUUAACAAUAAAUUAUGAAGUAGA